CAGGCAGCACCACUUACAAUAUUAUUCAGCUAUUGUCAGAUGGCUGUGGACUUUGUAAGUUAAUGAGAUGAAAAAGCACAAAAGCUACAAAAGCUUGGAUGUACUUGUUGUUUUAGUUUAGUUUAAUUUAAGAGAAUGAUGCUUUUAGGACUUUAGAAGAUUUGUGAUCUUUUUUGUAUCUUGAUGUUGUAAGAAAAAAUGCCGGACAAUUCUUCUACAGAGUUUGUGUUUGUUCUCAGUGGACUGAAUGACACAAGGACGAACAAACACAUAUACUUUUCUGUUGGUCUUAUUGUUUACAUUGUGACUCUGUUUGUAAAUCUGACGUUACUUAUCACAAUUAUUCUGGAUAGAUCCCUUCAUGAGCCCAUGUUUAUUUUUAUAUGCAAUCUGUACGUGAAUGGGAUAUGUGGUGCUUCUGCUUUCUAUCCAAAGAUACUUGUUGAUCUUUUUUCAAACUCUCACGUCAUUUCAUUUACAGGGUGCAUGUUGCAAAUAGGUGUCAUUCACUGCUAUAUUCUUUGUGAAUACACCUGUCUGACAGCCAUGGCCUAUGACAGAUAUGUCGCCAUUUGUAAGCCUUUGCAAUAUCACAACAUUAUGACACAGAGGAAGGUAGUGAAGUUACUGGUCAUUAUCUGGCUUUUUACUAUCCUCGAAGUUUCUGCUGGGACUGCACUGACAGCACAAACACCAUUAUGUGGAAAUACCAUUGACAAAAUGUACUGCUUUAACUGGGAUGUUGUUAAGCUGUCCUGCACAGAUAUCACUGUGAACAAUGUUUAUGGCUACAUAAUAAUAUUUUUCCAUUUAUCUCAAGCUGUUUUCAUCACUGUUUCAUACAUCCAUAUCAUCAGAGCUUGUGUGAAGUCGAAGAAAGAGCGGGUUAAAUUCAUGCAGACCUGCCUUCCCCAUUUAAUCACCCUGAUGAACUUCACUGUUUCUGUGUUGUUAGAUGUUAUGUUCGCUCGCUAUGGCAGUGGUCAAGAUCAACAAGCUCUGCGCAACAUCUUUGGAAUGGAGUUUAUGGUCGUGCCUCCUCUCCUAAACCCCAUAAUAUAUGGGUUAAAAAUGACCCAGAUUCGCCACAGGUUUCAGCAUAUUUACAGGCACAGACUUAAAGCAGUGCAACAGAGCUGAUACUACUGAAGUACUUCUGAAUUACUUCUGUCGUAUUGCAGGAUAUUUCAUGAUAUCAUAAGAUAUCUAUUUGUAAGAACAAGCAUUGGCGAUUUUAAAACCUAUGUAUUAUAAAGCUAUACAGAUAUAUAAGGAAUGAAAUAUAAA